AUGGAGAGUUUUGACGACGCGACUCUGAUCGGCCCAGUCUCUGACCUCGCACCUCUAGAGGAGCAUCCUCCUUAUGCCAGCCAUGACCAGAAAAGAAAACUUGAGACCGAUGCGGUCGGGCCGGGCACCCCGUCGUCCAGCCAGAGCCAUUCGCUGAAUGCAAGUCGAGCUGGACUCGAAGGGAACGGAACCGAAGCCGCCGGAGACCCGUCGAUAUCGUCAGAAUUUCCCCCAGAAGAAGAGGAUGAGGAGCCUCAUGUUGCCACAUCAUUCGAACGCGAGUCCUCCCCCACGUCGGCCCAAAAGCACCGAUUUGGUCUGGAUACUGAAGAAGAUGAUGUCAGCCGCAUGCACAAAUUCACUCUGUAUGAGACCGCGACCCGGUACUACAUGGUGGGGAUCAACAUGGCAGAGACACGGUUUCGCAUCUUGAAGAUCGAUCGAACCUCUGAAUCAGGCGACCUAGGGAUAAUCGAGGAUGACAUGAUCUACACAAAGCGGGAAAUGGUGCAAUUGCUUGAUGCGAUUGAUGACGGCAACAAGAGCUCGGGAGGCCUCAAGCAAAAGUCAAGUGCAUGGGCUUUACUUGGCUUUAUCAGAUUCACAGGGCCGUAUUACAUGCUCCUUGUCACGAAGAGAAGUCAAGUCGCUAUGCUCGGAGGUCACAACAUCUAUCAGAUAGACGACACCGAGCUUGUUCCACUUACCACCGCGGAUGCCUCACGUACAAAGCCCGAAAAGCAGUCAGAAGAAGAACGCUAUAAGGCAAUCCUGAACAGUCUUGAUCUGAGCAGAUCCUUUUACUUCAGCUACUCAUACGAUAUCACCCAGUCGUUGCAGCAUAACAUCUGCCGCGAGAGAAAGGCGCAUUACGAUGGAGUUCCCAGGUCUUUACCUGUUGACUACAAUACAAUGUUUGUCUGGAACCACCAUUUGAUGGCUCCAGCCGUUGCCAAUUUCAAAAACCCAUAUCAAUGGUUCCUUCCUGUCAUUCAUGGCUAUGUUGACCAGUCCAAACUGAGCGUGUUUGGCCGGCAAGUCUAUAUCUCGAUAAUCGCCCGGAGAUCAAGAUUCUUCGCAGGGGCCCGAUUCCUGAAGCGGGGCGCUAAUGACCUGGGGUACGUGGCGAAUGAUGUUGAAACCGAACAGAUUGUCUGCGAGCAAACUACAACAUCCUUCCAUUCUGCUGGCCCGACCGUGUAUGCGAAUCCAAACUACACAUCCUACUUGCAACAUCGUGGGAGCAUUCCUCUGCAUUGGACCCAGGAGAAUACUACAGUCACGCCUAAGCCCGAUAUUGAAAUGAACCUCGUGGAUCCAUUCUAUUCGGCCGCAGCAUUGCAUUUCGACAACUUAUUCGAAAGAUACGGCGCCCCCAUCUAUGUCUUGAAUCUCAUUAAAUCCCGCGAGCGGACACCGAGAGAGUCGAAACUUCUCAAGGAGUUUACCACUGCAAUAAAUUAUCUGAAUCAGUUUCUCCCCGAAGACAAAAAACUAAUAUACAACGCGUUUGACAUGAGCCGUGCUGCCAAAAGCCGGGAUCAAGAUGUGAUACAGAUAUUGGAAGACAUCGCGGGCGAAAUCAUACCCAAGACCGGCUUUUUCAAAAAUGGCUAUGAUGUGGAAUCGGGUCUACAGAUUCAGAAUGGCGUUGCGAGAACUAAUUGUAUUGACUGCUUGGACCGUACCAAUGCAGCUCAGUUCGUCAUUGGCAAGCGCGCGCUCGGUUAUCAACUCCACUCCCUCGGUGUAAUUGAGGAGACCACAGUUGAAUAUGACAGCGACGUUGUUAACCUGUUCACAAACAUGUGGCAUGAUCAUGGCGAUACCAUUGCUAUCCAAUAUGGUGGAUCCCAUCUUGUUAACACCAUGGCGACCUAUCGCAAAACCAAUCAGUGGACCAGUCACUCCCGAGACAUGGUCGAGAGUUUCAAGCGCUACUACAACAACUCGUUCCUCGAUGCCCAGCGGCAAGAGGCAUAUAAUCUCUUCCUGGGAAACUAUCUUUUCACCCAAGGUGCUCCGAUGCUUUGGGAUCUAUCGACGGACUAUUACUUGCAUCAUUCAGAUCCCCGAAAUCAUCUUGAGAAGAGGCGGCCCAACUACAUCACUUGGUAUACACCUGAAUAUUUGAAGAAGAGAGAGGUCCCUCCCCUUCCACCACAUCCAAAGGAACCCAUCUCGCGAUUCGAUGACUAUUGGCUUGAGUACUAUCGCCCGCUUGCGCUGUCCACACUCUCCAAGAUUUAUUCCUACAAGAUGAAGUCUACUCUGCGUUACCUGCCUCCAUAUCGCCCCGGCCAACCCGCGUUGGACAUGAGCCCAUUCGUGCCACGAAUAACUCACGAUCAAGUGCAGCGUGACCGUCCAAAUGCACGCACCGUGAGAAUCCAAGAGCCUCCAUCAAGCCGACCCACGACAAAUGCCCCGGCUUCAGGAUCCAGCCAGGGCUGGAAAAAUCAACCACCCUCUUCUACCAAGCAAUUGCCUUCUUUAGGUAUCAUCAAAGAGUCGGCUUUUGAAUCCUCCGUACCCCCAGUGCCUCCGAUCCCACCGAUCUAUUCCUCAUCCAACCCUACGCCUCCAAGUAAAGCCCAAAUCGCCCAAUGGACACUGGGACAACUAGUGACCGACUCGCUGAGUCCAUCUGUUACAGCGGCCGAAGCAGAAGAAUACGAGAGGUACAUUAACCACCCGCUCAAGGUACCUCUGGUUGUAACAUCCGAAGAUGAGGUGACGGCUGCGUCACUUCGGGAACCCAAGCAAAACUUGGACCUUCUUGAGUACGCCAAAAAUUGCAACGUGGAAGAUUCUGUGCUGGAAGCUAGCGCUGCUGAAAACUUGGCUGAUUAUGCUGAGUUCCUACACGUUUCUGGCGAGGGGCUCACUGUUGUAAAUGAGGAUUAUGAGAAGAAGAGGUAUAAGCGUUACAGACAGUGGUUGCGAGGCAAGAGUCUUUUCAAGCAACGUGUUGAUGUAUGA